AUGGACAGCUUCAUUGCUGUUACAGACGGCCAGCUCCAAGCUGUGACCGAUAAAAGGAUUCUGGCACUCGUCGAGUGCAAGCGGGACCAAAGACGGAGGCACAGUUCUCAAGUCGAACUCCGGAGACUGCCCAUAUGGUCGCCUGGAUCAAGGAAUUUCCGGACACUGCUCCGAGACCUUGGACGGAUUCGAAAUCUACGUGUCAAUCUUCGAAUACGACUGGGCCUGAGAAAGCUAUAUCAACGGCAGUCCGAGACUGAGGGCCAGCCACGCAAAGAUGAACAGGUUCGACUGAUAUUUUUCAUCGAAUGCUCUCGCAAGUUGCCUGGACUACGCAUGAGCGUUCGUGGCAUAGCCAUCGAGAAACUUACCACGAUGUGUGAACCCAUGUACGACUCCUGGCCAAUUUCAUGGGAGCAAAAGAAGGCCCAUGGUUACCACCAUAACCCCAAUUUCUCUCAAAAAGAAUCAAAAUGGGCAAAGGAAAGAAUGUUUCGAGCGAUCCAAUUAUUGCUUACCUAUGAGCAAAGCCCUUCCAUAGCGGCAGUUCUCGAACAAGCACAAGUGAGGAAAGAGAAUCUCCAGACACUCCAUUCUCCCUCAUAUCUGCAGUCAUCGGCGCAUCCGAAUAAUGCAAACGGUCCUUUCUUUCCGGUCGAGCUCGACUGGGAGGGAGAAGGGAGAAGGGAGAAAUAUCCGGUGUACCACAAAGUCAAACGCAUUGAGAUAGUCACUGCAGACCUGAUACGGUCGAUCUGUCCAGCAGAUCUCGCCAGUGAACGCUGCACGGAGAUUGACUGCAAUAAACGCCGCCGUUGUGAGGCAUUGGUCAUAUUCGAUAAUUACAUAUGCCCGGAGAUAGUUGUUCACAGCUAUAUAUAG